ACACGACAAGAAGGGAAAACUAUACAUACCUCACCUACCCUCAUUGCCUUUAUCAACACACAAAUAAAACCUGUCACCAGUGAACUAUUUGUCUAGGUCUUCUUCACCCACAAAAAUAUCAAUCCCACCCUGCACUCCUAAAACUGUAAAAAAAAAAAAAAAACCAAAUUUUGUUAAAAAUGGAGUCUAAGCCACAUGCUGUAUUUGUUGCAUUUCCAGCACAGGGUCAUCUGAAUCCAAUGAUGCAACUAGCCAAACUUUUCCGUUGCAAAGGUUUCCACAUAACCUUUGUCAACACUGAAUUCAACCACAAACGUUUGAUUAAAUCACUUGGAGCAGAAUUUGUAAAGGGUCUCCCAGAUUUUCAAUUUGAGACCAUACCUGAUGGUUUACCAGAAUCUGAUAAAGAUGCAACACAAGAUGUUGAACCUUUGUGUGAGGCAAUUAAGAAUAAUUGUUAUGCUCCUUUUAAAGAGCUUUUGAAUAAGCUGAAAACUUCAUCACUUCAUGUUCCAAUUACUUGCAUAAUUGCUGAUGCGCUUUCGGGUUUUGCUGGAAGAGUAGCAAAAGAUUUGGGGAUUCAAGAGUUGCAAUUUUGGACUGCUUCUGCUUGUGGCUUUGUGGGACAUUUGCAGUUUGAUGAACUUGUUAAAAGAGGAAUUCUUCCAUUCAAAGAUGAAAAUUUUGUUGUCGAUGGCACUUUGGAAACAAGUUUAGAUUGGAUCUCGGGAAUGAAAGAUAUCAGACUAAAAGAUCUUCCAAGCUUCAUAAGAGUUACCGAUCUAAAUGAUAUCAUGUUUAAUUUCCAAGGUUCUGGGGCACGAAAUUGUUUGAGAUCGUCAACAAUUAUAAUCAACACAUUUGAAGAAUUGGAAGGUGAUGCCCUUGACACCCUUAGGGCAGAAAAUCCAAACAUAUAUAACAUUGGUCCACUUCACAUGCUUGGUAGACACUUUCCUGAGAAGGAACAUGGUUUUAAGGCAAGUGGUUCAAGUUUAUGGAAAACUGACCCCGAAUGCAUAAAAUGGUUAAAUAAAUGGAAACCCGGCUCAGUCCUAUAUGUUAAUUAUGGAAGUGUAACUGUUAUGACAAAUCACCAAUUGAAAGAAUUUGCUUGGGGAAUAGCAAAUAGCAAGUUACCAUUUUUAUGGAUAAUGAGGCCAGAUACAGUAAUGGGUGAAGAAACUACAACAUUGCCACAAGAGUUUCUAGAUGAGGUCAAGGAUAGAGGAUACAUAACUAAUUGGUGCUUCCAAGACCAAGUUCUUGCUCAUCCAUCUGUUGCGGUGUUUCUAACUCAUUGUGGUUGGAAUUCUACACUGGAAGCUAUUUCUGCAUGCGUGCCUACUAUUUGUUGGCCUUUCUUCGCUGAGCAACAAACAAAUUGCAGGUAUUUAUGCAACACUUGGAGAAUAGGAGUGGAGAUUAACCAUGAUGUGAAAAGGAAUGAAAUCACAGAAAUUGUGAUGGAAAUGAUGGAAGGAGAAAAGGGAAAAGAAAUGAGACGUAAGUGCUUGGAGUGGAAGAAGAAAGCUACCGAAGCUACUGAUCAAGGAGAAUCAUCAUACAAUAAUUUUCAUAACUUAAUUAAGCAGGUUCUUCAUCAAAAUGUUAUUUGAAUACUAAAUACUAGUCUAAUUAAUAUGGAUUAUAUUUUGUUGAGAUGCAAUAUUUUUGUUCUAUUACUUUUAGCUAAAGUAUUUCCACUUGAUAUUUUUGAUGUUAUCAA